CUUGGUCCCGCCCUAAAGCAGCUAAGGCCCUCCAGCUGGGAGAAGAUGAGCUUGCGCGGUAGAGAACACACUAUUCGCUUUUCCUAUUGGUUCUUCUCCAGGAGCUGCAGAAGAAUACGAAAUCUCCAGCCAAUAGGAAAGGAGCUAUCAUAGCAAAGGCUGGUAUCUUCCUGCUGAGGUGAUCUGUCGCAGAGCCUAGGAGGUGCUUUUCUCCUGCCCGGCUCCUCCCCCCUCGUUGUGGCCUCUCUGAGGUUUGCGGUGCUCUUGUGGCUUCCCGCAGAAUGUGGAUGACGCCCAAAAGGAGCAAGAUGGAAGUCGAUGAAGCUCUUGUUUUCCGGCCCGAGUGGACCCAGCGCUACUUGGUGGUGGAGCCUCCGGAGGGCAACGGUGCUCUGUGCCUGGUGUGUCACCGCCUGGUCGCUUCUACCCGCGAACGCGAUGUCAGGCGCCACUACGAGGCAGAACACGAAUUCUACGAGCGGUAUGUGACGGAGGAGGAGCGCGCGGCCCUGGUGGAGCGUCUCCGUCAAGGCGAUUUGUCGAUUGCCGCCAUGCUCACUCCUGAGGAGAAAGCUGCGCGUGCAGGCCUUGGGCUCUGCCGCCUGUUGGCUUUGAAGGGCCGCGGCUGGAGUGAGGGGGACUUUGUGUACCAGUGCAUGGAGGUAUUUCUGAGAGAGGUGCUGCCUGAUCACAUAGGCGUCCUGGAAGGCAUUGAUUUAUCUCCGGAGAUCACAAGGCAGAGAAUUCUGAGCAUUGACAAUAAUCUACGCAGUCAGCUUUUUAAUCGAGCCAGGAGCUUUAAGGCCUAUUCCCUUGCUCUGGAUGACCAGGCUUUUGUGGCCUAUGAGAACUAUCUCCUCGUCUUUAUCCGUGGCGUGGACUCUGAUUUGGAGGUGCAAGAAGACCUCCUGACCAUAAUCAACCUGACUCAUCACUUCAGUGUUGGUGCGCUCAUGUCGGCAAUUCUAGAGGCCCUGCAGACAGCAGGACUUAGCUUGCAGCGAAUGGUUGGAUUGACCACGACUCACACUUUGAGGAUGAUUGGUGAGAAUUCAGGACUUGUCUCUUACAUGAGAGAAAAGGCUGUAAGCCCCAACUGUUGGAAUGUUAUCCACUAUUCAGGCUUUCUUCACUUAGAACUAUUGAGUUCUUAUGAUGUAGAUGUUAAUCAGAUCAUAAAUACCAUAUCCGAAUGGAUAGUCAUGAUUAAGACCAGAGGUGUUAGGCGACCCGAGUUUCAGCCUUUACUGACCGAGUCUGAAUCAGAGCAUGGCGAAAGGAUCAAUGGACGAUGUCUGAACAACUGGCUCAGAAGAGGGAAAACAUUAAAACUGAUAUUUUCACUAAGAAAAGAGAUAGAAGCAUUCUUGGUUUCAGUAGGGGCAACAACGGUCCAUUUCACAGACAAGCAAUGGCUUUGUGACUUUGGCUUCUUGGUGGAUAUUAUGGACCACCUUCGAGAACUCAGUGAAGAAUUGCAAAUUAGUGGAGUUUUUGCUGCUACUGCCUUUGACCAUAUCUGUACUUUUGAAGGUAAGCUGAAUUUGUUUCAGAGACAAAUUGAGGAACAAGAUUUAACAGACUUUCCUGCCUUCAGCGAAGUUGUUGAUGAGCUUAAACAGCAGUUUAAGGAAGAUCAAAAAAUAUUUGAGCCUGACAGAUAUCAAAUGGUGAUCUGUCGUCUACAGAAAGAUUUCGAGAGACAUUUUAAGGACCUCAGAUUCAUUAAAAAGGACUUAGAACUUUUUGCAAAUCCAUUUAACUUUAAGCCUGAAUAUGCACCUAUUUCAGUAAGGGUGGAGCUAACAAAACUUCAGGCAAACACUAACCUUUGGAAUGAAUACAGAGUCAAAGACUUGGGCCAGUUCUAUGCUGGAUUGCCUGCUGAAUCUUAUCCAAUUAUCAAAGGGGUUGCCUAUAAGGUGGCAUCCUUAUUUGAUAGUAACCAAAUCUGUGACAAGGCUUUUGCAUAUUUGACACGAAACCAACACACAUUGAGCCAGCCAUCAACAGAUGAACACCUUCAAGCCCUUUUCCGGGUUGCCACAACUGAAAUGGAUCCCCGUUGGGAUGAUCUUAUGAGAGAAAGAAUUGAAUCUAAUCCAUAAGUCUUUAUAGUACAGCGCUGGAACAAGAAUACAAUUCUAAAAGAAAAAAUUUUUUUUUCAAGUUUACUAGUUUGAUUUACUGGAAAGCACCAAAUUUAUUACAAGACAUUAAAAUGGAUCAAUAUUCAAAUCCUUCCAACAGUUGCCUUUUUUUCAUCUCAUAUGGCAGCAUGGGACUGAAACAUGAGAAUUCCACUUCUUUAAACUUAAUGGCAUAGUCAUUGUUUUUUACUUUUUAUGGUAUAAUAGAUUUUAAAGAAGUUUAGUGUGAGUUGAAUUAGAAGUCUGCUUUUAAGGUGUUCUUAAGAUAUAUGCCAAAAAUUUUAGUUCUUUAAUAUAGUGUUAAAAUUCUGAUACAUAGUCUAAAGUUGUCAACUCCUUAAUUGUAUUUGAAUCAACUUACAAAAUCUCAUAGCAAGUCACAAGUUUCUGAAAAAAGCAUACAAACAUAGCGGAGGUAUUUUGUCUAACAAAAUGUUUGCGACUAUUUUUUUAAAGCAUUUCUGAUUCCAAAGUAAAUAGUCACAGAUUUUCUCCUCCUCACCUUCUCACCCACCCCACUGAUAUUACUAAUAGGAAUUACUCAAAAUUUUAAUCAGAGGAGGAAAAAUUAUUUUUAAAUUGCUGACUUAGGAGACUUUCUAUAGAUUGGGGUUUCCUAAACUAUCACUAUUGGGAUUUCCCAUGAAUUUUUCACAACUAGAGGCUGUUUUAUCAGCUUGCUUUUUAAAGGACUAUGGUAAGUAUAGAAUCGUAACUGUUGCCAGUUAGUAAUUCUUUUUUCUACUCUGGACAGAAGUUUCACUUUACCAGAAGGGUGAAGAAAAAGAUUUUUGUACUUCAGGAUCAGGAGGUGUGAGGUACUUUAGCUUGUUUGUCUUUAUCUGCAUGGCCUUAUAAAGAAAUCUUGGGUAAAGGAAACACUUUAUUUUAAAAUGAUACAAUAUCACAUUUUGUAAACUGCUGGAAAUGGAUUUAUUCUAGAAUUUAAAACUGCUCCAUACAUGCAAUAGUUAAGACAGUGCACAAGUAGAAAUAUUUCAGUAUCAAGAAGCAGCCUUAUUUACAGAUUGUAGAAAUUCUCUAUUUCUAGUAAGGCAUUGGCUUUGUGCCAUAACAGUAAUUUAAUAAUGUUCAGCUUAUGUUAGCUGUACAAUGCCUAAAAUAUGAAACUGAUUUAAAAAUGAUACCUAACUUGUAACUUAUAGAUUCUCAAGUACAGUUUGAAAACUGUUGUGCUACUAAGUCCUGUCUUAACUGUUGUAGCACAUUCUACGGUCACUAAUCUGGUAAAUUUGCAGAACCAGGAUACAGCCCAGAAUUUAGAAGAACCUAGCUAGUACCUAGCAAUCUAAAUAGCAGUUGUAAGAGCUUAAGGACCAAAGUUGUAUUAUGGUUCUCAACCAGAGAUAGUUACCCUUGCAGUGAAUGCUGGGAAAUAUUUUUGGGCAUCUUACUGGUUGUCAUAUUUAAUUGAGGUGGGGGAGGGUUGUGCUUUUAUUUAAACCUAAUGAUUCCUUCCCCACGCAGUGCACAGGACAGCCUGGCAUAAUGAAGAAUUUUCUCUCCCAAAGUGCCAGUAGACCCCUUUCCCCAUGUACAUUAUCUUUUUUAAAGGGACAGGUCAAAUUACCGGUAGAAGAUAAUUGGAAGGCAAAUUUGACAAAUUGAGGGAAUGCUUGUUAGGAAAGAUUAAUUGCAACAUUUCACUCUGGCUGAUAAGGUCAGUAAAAGCCUUGAUGGGUCCCAGGAGCUCACAACGGUGUUUAUAAAUCAGUUUAAUAUUGAAUCAGAUUAAGGGGUUCUAUCACUUCUUGACUUUUUGGCUAAGAUCAAAAUUAAGGGGCUCUGUUAUAAUUAGGGCAGAAAAAAUUAGUAGAGAAAGUAUGGUUUGAUCAGCAAAGAUUAAGCUUAAAUAUCUGAAAAAACAACAUAGUGAAAAACUGAAAAAAUAAUCUACCGGUAAUUUCCUGGUAGCUUCAAGUAUUGUCUUUCAAAGCAAAUGCUUUAUUAAUUGAAAGAUUGGAAGACCUGGAAGCUGUUUCUGCUUUCUAGUUUCUAGUUCCUCAAAUAUUAAAAUCUUGUACAUUUUGUGAAGUUCUAGUAUGUUUUGCUUAAGAUGAUAUUAAAAUUAGUUUAUAUCAUCUAGUCAGUGUGUUGGGGGUGGGUGGUCAUAUAAGCCAAGGAUUUAAAACUUGAUCCUCGGCACUGGGGAAUUUGCUAUAACUAGUCUUGUUUGUAGAAAAAAAUAAGUGUAUUUUACUGUUUUCUGUAUAAAGUAAUUUUGUAGCUGCAUGAGUCUUUUUUCUUUUAAAUAUAUAGUUAUUGAUCCUCUUGUAUUGGUGAAAAUAGUUAAAAUAAGUACUAUUUUUAAAAACUCAAUGUCCUUAACAGUUACUUCACUAUAUCUCCUAUUUCCACUAAUUGUCUUGAAAGAUUUGCUUUCCCUGUCUCCCAUAUUGCCACUCAAACUGUUCUACCAAAUUCACUUACUACUUGUCAAAAUUAUUGAAAUACUCAAUUACUUUAUUUUAGCUUUGAGGAAAUCAUCACCUCCAGCCAUGCAUCCUCAUUCUGUGCAGGCCCCUUUUCCCUUGAGUAUCUGUCCUUAAGAUUUUACUUUAUUGAUUUUUUUUCAAGUCUGCCUAAUCUUUCUUGCUCUGAUCUACCUUGAAUUAUAUUCCAGGCUGAUAUCAUUUUCCCUUAUGGCUUCAUUUACCACCUAUAUGCAGAUGCUACCAAAUUCAUAUCCCCUUUGUAGAUUUUUCUUCCUAAAUCAUACCUAAUUGCUAACAUAAAUCCACUUAUGCAUGUUUCACAGGCACUGCAACAUGCCAUUGAUCUUGCCCCAAACCUGCUUUUCCUUUCUUUUUCCCUCUUUCCUUCAUAGAUGGCACUAUCGCUACCAACCAUCCAAUAUCCCUUGCCCAAGCAAAAACGGAGUCAAUCUAGUCAUGUCACUCUACUGCUUUCACCAUUGCUAUUAGAAUGAAAUACAAAUUUCUGUUCAUCUUUCAGGUCUCAAUUUAUAUGCUGCUUCUUCUAGGAAGCCUUCAUUGAUGCCCUCUGGACCAGGUGUCCCAACUGUGCAAUCCCUAUCCUCCCUGUGCUUCCUUAGCCAUACACUUAGCACCUGUUACUGCUGCUUAUUGAUCAUUGCUAGAGUAAGCUUUAUAAGGGCAGGGACCAUAAUAAGUCUUGCUCACUGUUAUAUCUCUAAUGCUUAGCACAGUGCCUGACAUUUGAGUAAAUGUUUGGAUAAGUAAAUAUUUGUGUAGUGUUUUAUGAUCUUUGAAACUCUUACAGUUUCAUUUGACCUUUACAGUGUGUUCACUGGAUAGUUCUUAGCCACAUAUUAUAAAUUAAGAAGUGAAGCAAAGUUCUUUGUGACUAGGAACCUUGUUAUUAUAUUCCUAGGUUUUAGUGCAGUUGGAAUAUUGUGAAUGUUAAGGAAGCAAACAGACUGCCACUUCCCCUAGUAAACCCAGUUGUACUCACAUGCAUCUACUUUGUAAUAUUAAGUACAUUAAUGACAUAAUGUCUUAAUUUUUUUAAUUUCCAAAGGAAUCAACAUAUAGAGAGAAGAGAUUGGACAACUAUUUAAAUUGAACUAAGAUAAUACUUUAGUAAUUAAAAAGUUACAUUCAGUAUUAGAGAAAGAUAAUGCCACAUACAAGUUAAUAUCAAUUUUUCCUUUUAUAGGCAUCAACCUUAGGAGAAAAUGGCAUGUUAUUUUCUUGUUACUUUGCUUUACAGCUGAUUUCUGACUCUUCUGGAAUUUAAAAGUAAGUAAAUUUAACAGUUAUAAGAAGGAUGACUCAGGCCUUCUGAUUACUAGAUACUCAUUUCACUUGCUUUCCUACCUUCAGAAUGUCCUCAUCAUUUCCCCAAGGGAGGUACCCAAAUGUGAUACCUAAUUACUGUGUACUUUUGGAUUUGCUACAUUUCUUUGCUUUCUUGUUCCCAUGCCUCUCCACUUAAUUUCUGGUUAACAUGGGCCUUUGGGGUUUAAAUAAGAGAGCCAUACCCAUAAUCUCUUUUCUUAAAUAACUUUUGUCAUAUCUGAAGCAUUAACUAUUGUUACACUCUUGAUUGGACUUUUUAGUCUGAGGCACAUAAACUUUCAGUGAUCUUAACAGUAGAUGUGACAGUCAUCUUUGCUGCAGAACUAGGUUUUAAUCUACCUUUGGGUUAAAGGAUUUCUAAUUUUUAUCUUUUAAUUGAAAAGUUGUCUCAUACAUACCCAGUAAAUAUUUGAAAUUAUGAAUUCUUUAUUCUCUUCAUUUCUACCUGCAACUUGACAAGUUCCUUUUUGAGUUCAUCCUUACAUUUUGCCAAAUGCAGUCAACAACAACAAAAUAAUUUUUAAAAGAUUUUCUUCAGUAAAGGAUAGGUUAUCUGCCUUCCUGUUUAUCUCAAGGGACAGUUUCACCUCUCUAUAAUAGAAAUUGCCUCUAUGUAAGUUGUUUCUUUCAUCCUCCAGUAGCAAUUUGCUGAAUGCCUGCCAACUAAACGCUAAGUCAUUGUGUUCAAUAUUUUAGUUAUUUGGUCUGUUUAGAACAGGGAACCAACCAAUUCCUGUGUGGGAUGGGCUAGGCUACCAUGAGGUAACAACUGCAAAAUCUUAAUACUCAGAGAACUUGUCUAUUACAACUUGGCUAAGGUCUACCCUAGGUAAGGAAGGAGUUGCACCUAGAGCCCACAGAAACCUGUCGUGUUUCUAAAUAAAGGUUUAUUGGAGUACA